AUGUCGCUGAACAAUCGGACUCUCUAUCCCUUCAUUGCCUCGAUUGGUAAUUUAACAUUGGAUUAUUGCAGAUAUUUUACCAGUGUCCCACACGUGCCUGGCUCAGACGAAAGUCACCAACAAGCKCAGCGAAUGAAAGAGGAAUGGACUAACCAUGGAUUAGACAAAGUAGAGUUGAUCAAGUAUGAUAUACUGCUAUCGUUUCCAAAGAAGAACGUACUACCCCUUGCAAGAAUUAUAAAUAGUUCUAGCGGUGCUGAGGUCUUCCGAGCAAGGCAGAAAGAAAAAACCGUGGAGGCCAAGGAAGAUAACGAUAAAGUCUUGCCACCAUUCAAUGCGUAUUCUGCAAGUGGAAAUGUUACGGGGCGGUUGGUUUUUGUAAACUAUGGGAGAAUCGAAGACUUCCAAAAGUUGAAUAAAUCAGGAAUCAAUGUAACAGGAAGGAUUGUCAUUGCUAAAUAUGGAGAGAUCUUCAGAGGCAACAAGGAAAAGUACGCUCAAGAACAUGGUGCCAUUGGUCUGAUUCUAUACUCAGACCCUAAAGACUACAGCCCAGGCGUCUCUCCUAACGACACUUAUCCCAAAACAUGGUGGCUACCUUCGUCAGGUGUUCAACGGGGGUCGAUAUUCAUGAAAUCAGGGGACCCCUUAACAAUAGGCUAUCCUUCUAUUGAGGGAAUGUACAGAACACCAAAGGAAGAUGCUGGGCUGCCUAAACUACCMGUUUACCCKAUCUCAGCGAGCGACGCCAAACAUUUCCUCAAUUUGCUGAAGAAUGAGAAAGCUCCCGAUGACUGGCAAGGAGGGCUGGAUAUGGAUUAUUACCUUACCAUGCCUGAUUCCACUAACCUCGAAGUGAAUCUCAAUGUACAAAUGGACUUGAAAACAAUGCCUGUCUACAAUGUUAUGGGUGUACUUCGAGGGUCUGUUGAACCAGAUCGUUUGGUAUUAUUUGGUAACCAUAGAGACGCAUGGGCGUUUGGUGCUGUAGAUCCAUCAAGUGGUACAGCGACAUUGAUGGAGACUGUGCGAGUCAUUGGUCGUCUGAAGAAACAACAAAGUACGUUACAUGAGCCAUCACUAGGCCCUAUUACUAGACUUUUCGCAGGCAACUAUUCCCUUCGAGUCCGUUCGAGUCCACUGAUGCAUUAUACAAUGUUUGAAGCCACCAAAAAGGUUAUGAGUCCAGCAGGGGAUUCUAUUUACAAUGAGUGGAAAAAACGAAAUCCUGAUGACAAAGCUAAUAAAACACUACCCAAAGCAGCAGUKCUUGCUAAUUCUGGCAGCGAUUUUGCUCCCAUAUAUCACGGAGAAGGUAUUCCGUCGAUCGACUUCAGAUACAAUUAUGAUACGAAAAAGAUGAAAGUUAGUUCGUAUCCAGUCUACCACUCGGUUCACGAUACAUUCCAUUGGAUGGCGAACUUUGUUGAUCGUGGAUUUAAAUAUCACAAGGCAAUAACGCAGCUAUGGGUCCGCCUCGGUCUUACGUUAUCUGAUAGUGUUCUCAUACCCUUCAACAUUUCAAGAUAUGCAGAURUAGUUCGUGCUGAUGUAGCAGCUCUGAAGRCAUCUGAGAAACAGGCUUUCAACGACAAUGGCAUCGAUUUUGAAUACCUUGACAAAGCAGUGAAAAACCUKUCCUCAGCAGCCAGCGAGUUCCACAGGACCUUGUCAAAGAUAGACGUCAACGACACCUUGGUUGUACGUAUGGCCAAUGACAAGCUGCUACAAUUUGAGAGAUCGUUCAUCAACCCUCAAGGGCUGACGGGAAGACCUCAUAAACGUCACAUGAUCUACGCGCCUUCCAUGUAUGAUUCGUACGCUGGCAGUAGUUUUCCAGGAAUCGUGGACGCAAUCUACGAGGCUAAAAAGAGCGGAGAUUGGAACCAAGUCAAGAAGCAGAUUUCACUGGUAGUUUACUACAUUAGAUCUGCCACUAAACUUCUUCGUACGAAUUCUAUUUAACUUAAUGUUAUUCAGCAUUCGCUAUUUAAUGGACUACGCCGUCGAUACAAMGGCCAAUUGGCAGAUAUGAAAAGCAUUUUUGAUUAUUAGUCAGUAUAUUUGUAUUUAUUUAAUAGUCUUCUUGUUUAAUAGUCCCUUGAUAGAUUAGUUUAUAAUCAAUUGAACAUCCAACGUCCAUCUAUGUAAAAARUCUUCAUAUUUGCCGCCGUAUCGUCGAAGUAGUCAUUUUAUGGAGUUUUUGAUUCAAACCACAUCCAUAACAUUCAUUAAUUUUAAAAAUUUCUUAUUUUUAUAACUAGUAAUUUCACUUAGAGUGUUUUAUUUUUAGUAGAAAGAACUGUGCUUGCACAUUUUAGGAAUGCGUAUUUAAAUUUCUGUUAUUAGAAGAGAUAACGUUCAUCACGUGACUUACAUAUGGCGUCUCUGAUUGGCCGAAAAACAAAUAUACAUUCCUUAGAUGUUUUAGGCCAAUUUAUUUGUUCUAUUUUUGUUAUCAUUUCAUAACAGUCAAAACUGUUUUUUAGAUUGUUGUUCAUUUUUAAUCUAAUUCAUUAUUUUAUUUACUUAUUUUACUUGUUUUUAGGCACUUAAUUUAUAUAAUUUGUAGUCGAAUCUUAGUAAUUUAUUCAAUUUCUAGAAAUUUUAAAUAUUUCAAGCUUUCAUAGGAAUUCUACUAGUGUAGCAAUCAAAUCAAUUUGCAUUUGCUAUAAUUUUUUAGUUUGUUUUUCAAAUGUUCUGUACUGUGCUCCAGAACUCUUGCGGCUUUUUCUCCCUUCUUGUGUUAUAAUCAGUAUUCACAGUACAACAUGGAAUACUCAUCUUUAUCAUAUAAUUAUGUAUUAUAUAUUAUAAAGUACCUAAAUUUCUCCAUUUAA